AUGCCGGUGUCACGUGGCGCCAAGCCCGCGGCUUUCUCGAAGGGGAACCCCUUCGACUCCGACUCGGACUCCGAGUUCACGUCCAAACCGGGCAAGAAAUCGUCCGGGACGUCGUCGUCGUCGUACUCGGCCCCUGCCGACGCCAAGAAGCGGUACAAGGACGGGUUCCGCGACUCUGGGGGGCUGGAGAACCAGUCGGUGCAGGAGCUGGAGCACUACGCGGCGUACAAGGCCGAGGAGACCACCGACGCGCUCAGCGGCUGCCUGCGCAUCGCCGAGGACAUCAAGCAGGACGUCAGCAAGACGCUCGUCACGCUGCACAAGCAGGGGGAGCAGAUCAGCCGGACGCACGAGAAGGCCGUCGACAUCGACCAGGACCUCACCAAGAGCGAGUCGCUUCUGGGGAGCCUUGGAGGUUUCUUCUCCAAGCCAUGGAAGCCCAAGAAAACGAGGCAGAUCAAGGGACCAGCCUUGGUGUCACGAGAUGACUCCUUCAAGAAGAAGGCGAGCCGCAUGGAGCAGAGGGACAAGCUCGGGCUGAGCCCGCGAGGGAAGCCCAACCCUCGCCACUACGCCGAGGCCACCAACGCCAUGGACAAAGUCCAGGUGGAGAAGCAGAAGCAGGACGACGCCCUCGAUGACCUCAGCGGUGUGCUGGGCCAGCUCAAGGGCAUGGCCGUUGACAUGGGCUCAGAGCUCGACAGGCAAAACGAAGCGCUCGAUUCUCUGCAAGACGAUGUGGGUGAGCUGAACUCCAGGGUGAAGGGAGCCAACCAACGUGCGCGCAAGCUGGUCGGCAAGUAG